GCAAGACAUAUGUCUUAACGCCUAUUCUAUCUCUCUGACUCUGAAGUACCUAAGUUGGACAGCCAGGCAGAGCUAGAAGACCUCUCUGGUAUUGGUUACAUACGAAGACACACAGGACUGGAGAGAUAGCAUGCAUGGAAAUCCAGGAACCAAAGAUGAAUGGAACGGUCCCAGUGGGAGCUGUGGGAUACAGGCAGGAACUUGAGGGUUUCCUGCCAAGCCAGGGAGCUGCUCCUGGGAGGAAGCCAGAUCAGUUCAUGGAUUUCGAGGGGAAGACAUCAUUUGGAAUGUCCGUGUUCAAUCUCAGCAAUGCCAUUAUGGGCAGCGGCAUCCUGGGGCUGGCCUAUGCCAUGGCUCACACAGGGAUCAUCUUCUUCUUGGCCCUGCUGCUAUGCAUUGCACUUCUGUCUUCAUACUCCAUCCAUCUCCUGCUCAUCUGUGCCGGUGUUGUAGGCAUUCGAGCCUAUGAGCAGCUGGGACAGAAGGCACUGGGGCCUGCUGGGAAGGUAGUGGUGGCCAUGGUCAUCUGUCUACACAAUGUUGGGGCCAUGUCCAGUUACCUGUUCAUCAUCAAGUCCGAACUCCCACUGGUUAUUGGCACCUUCCUGGGCAUGGACCCUGAAGGGGUCUGGUUCCUGACUGGAAACCUCCUCAUAAUCAUUGUUACGGUGUUCAUCAUACUGCCCCUGGCUCUCAUGAAACACUUGGGCUACUUGGGUUAUACCAGUGGUCUUUCUCUGACAUGUAUGGUGUUCUUCCUCAUAUCAGUCAUCUACAAGAAGUUUGAGCUUGGUUGUGCCAUAUGGCACAAUAAAACAGCAGAAAUCCAAAGCAAUAGCUCCCCUGGCCUUCUCUCUGAGGGGUUCAACAGAAGCUGUGAGCCCCAGAUGUUCACAGUAGACUCACAGAUGUUCUAUACAGUGCCUAUUAUGGCUUUUGCCUUCGUCUGCCAUCCAGAGGUGCUGCCCAUUUACACGGAGCUCAGCCGGCCCUCCAAACAAAGAAUGCAGGCUGUGGCCAAUGUGUCCAUUGGGGCCAUGUUCAUCAUGUAUGGGCUCACAGCGACCUUUGGAUAUCUCACCUUCUACAGCAGCGUCGAAGCGGAGAUGCUACAGAUGUAUAGCCAGCAGGACCUGCUCAUUCUCUGUGUACGCCUGGCUGUGCUGCUUGCAGUGACUCUUACGGUGCCAGUUGUGCUGUUUCCUAUCCGUCGGGCCCUGCAGCAACUGAUCUUCCCAAGCAAGGCAUUCAGCUGGCCCCGUCAUGUGGCCAUUGCUCUCAUCAUCCUUGUAUUGGUCAAUGUUCUUGUCAUCUGCGUGCCAACCAUACAGGAUAUCUUUGGAGUGAUUGGGUCCACUUCAGCCCCCAGUCUCAUCUUCAUCCUCCCCAGUGUUUUCUACCUUCGAAUUGUGCCCUCUGAAGUAGAGCACCUCUUCUCCUGGCCCAAGAUCCAGGCUCUCUGUUUUGGUGCCCUGGGAGUGAUCUUUAUGGCCAUCAGUCUAGGCUUCAUGUUUACCAACUGGGCCACAGGCCAGAGUCACAUAUAUGGACAUUGA